CCUUUAAGGGUUAUGUAGAGAGAAGGGCUGAUGUAGGACGACUCCUCUGUGUGCGCUGCCAUCCUCAUCAUGGCCUCCAAACAACCGCCGCUGCAACCGAGAAUGAGCACGAGCAGACGAGCUGUUGGCCCUUUCCUUCCCCGCGCGGAGACCAACAACGUCAAACCGAAACAGAGGCACCGGUAGAGGGGUGCGCGCCGGGGGAUCAAGCCUCGGAGCUCAUGCCACCCCGGUCUCCUCGAUGUCUUCGUCAAAAGCCACUUACAGCCAUUUGACAAAGAGGGAUGCAAACCCGGGCGGCGGCAGCGCCGGCGGCAGAAACAUGAACACGAAUAGGGAUUAUUCUAUCAAUCUAUCGGUGCAGCAAGUGCUGAGCCUCUGGGUGCAAGGCACGACGCUGCAACAUUUCACAGAGAUGUGGUACUGGGUGUUCCUGUGGUGUCUKUUCUCCUCKCUSUUSGUCCACGGGGCRAUGGGCCUGCUCAUGUURGUCAUGYUGCAGCGCCACAAGAGGGGUCGCCUCAUCACCCUGGUCCUGGUCAGCGUGGGCUUCCUGGCCUCCUUGGCCGGUGGGGUCAUCACCAGUGCGGCCGUGGCAGGGGUGUAUCGUGUGGCAGGGAAGGACAUGGCCCCCCUCCAGGCCCUGGUGUUUGGAGUGGGCCAGACCACACUGUCUGUAGUCAUCUCCUUCUCACGUAUACUGGCCACUCUCUGAAGAGAUGACUCUGCUACACGGACAGACUCACUGACGAACAGACACACAAGAGAGGAGAGAGGAAAGCGGAAGGAAGGGACAUGUCCGAUAGACCGGGGUUCACAUCCCACCAGUUACACAAGCAGUGACGGACAGCAACAGAGCCAAUGGGUGGCAGUUAACUGCAUGUAGUAUUUGAAGGAAAACAAACAUAGUCAAAUAGAAGAAGAGAAGAAGAUGGUGUCCUAGUCCUAGACGUCUAGACAUUUGGGGAUGGAUGAAUGUGGAAGASUGCCCCCUAGUGUCUCUGUUCAGCCACUGCUACAUUCGCUAGAGCUCCCUUUGCUACAAGGGACCUCUCAAAACACACUUCCUUGGGCUCUYCACCAGUUGGCGAUGUCCGCAGACUCUGUCAACUGUCAAGCCAGUGAAACCACAUCCUGGACUGAAAGCUCGUUUGAGGUUCUAUGUGCCGAUGUCCUCKGGGACUUAACUUCAGUGUUGUAAAGGGGAAUGCUUUCAUGGCCAUCUCUAYAGACUGUUGAAGUAUUUCUGUUCCAUUUGUGGGGGGGACUCCUAAUUUUUUUACAGUAAAGACAAACCACAGCAACCUGUAAUUAAUUGAACAAUUCAAGCCUACGGUCCUUGAAGUGCCACGGUACGUUGAUGAGAUGGCCAGAACAAAAUUGGACCUGUGAAGACMCACCAUCAUUCUGACAUGCCUGAGAGGUUGGAAACCCAAUGAUGAUGGUCAACCAAACUACCAUUCAGUGUUAAAAAAAUCUACCAUCCACAAACAACUGGAUCUUCUGUCCUUGAAAAAUGAUAUCCUAAUWACCAUUCCUUCUUGUAAAGUCUUUUAACUACCACAGCAGGGUUUUUGUUUGCAACACUCCAUAAUGCUUAACCUUUGCACUUUCUAAAUGUUGGUGAUCCACCUCCUUUACCUAAGAGGUGUCUAAAAAGAGGAGGUUGUUGAGGUUCCGUUGGUUCAAGGUUACUAUGGAGAUAACCACUACCCUUGUGACGGGCUCUGCACAGUCUACGCAAACGGAGCUGACGUAGGUCCAUCAUUUGCGUUGACAGUGUAGAGCCCUUUAGAUGUUUGUCACGUCUAGACCAGUCCAGGUUGUCCAACGUACUCUGAGGAAAUUGCAACUCUGACCAUGAACCUUGGCUGGAGAGGGUCAGAGUUGCUACUUGGUUCUUACAGGGUUUUAUGGAGGUAAACUAAUGUAUUAACUGAAGUAAAAAUGAAGAAUUGUCCUAGUAGUAGCAGCUGUAUUGCUUCUUGAGGAAUAUCUCUGAGUAUCUCUUGGAAGUUUUACUGUCUGUGUUGUGGUGCAGAUUUACUGUUAAGGUUUAGCGGUUGGAAUCCAGCUGCUACUUGGCUGUUGUGAUAACAAUGUUGUAUUGACUCCUAUAAAUCCCACUCCAUAGAGAGCCAUUCCUGGAGAAGGUCAGAGACUUAGUGUGCAUCCCAAAUGGUACCCUUUCCCUAUAGGGUGUCAUUUGGGAAGCAUCCUCUACUGCUGCUGAAACAGCCAUUUUCUAUGGCUCCCUGCCUUCUUCCCUGUUAGUUCUUGCUAAUCGUGUGUGUAUUGUUUGUGUUUUAACUAAGUUAGACUUUGCAUAUUGCACUGACAACGGCCUGCCUUUAUUUCGCACAGUUUGUUUUAUGAUAUUGGUCCCAGUGGGUGACCCAUAGAUCCAUAUAGGAUUUUAUACAGUUUGUCCCAUCACCAGUACACACAGCGGGUCCCAAAAAGCAGGUUUUCRUCCAAAAUGGCACCUUAUGCCCUUCAUAGUGCACCCUUUUUUGACCGUAGCCAUAUGGGUUUGAGAAGCACUGCUGUGGUUUUGGAGGUGCUUUUGGGACUGCAGAGCAAUGUUUUUUUUGUGGGGCCCUAUGGGACUAACCAUGAUGAAUGUGUUUGUGUCUGUCCUGUCCACCCUCUGGAACAGUUCACGUUUAUUAACCAACUAUAGGACAGGUCUUACUGCAUCCCAAAUGGCACUCUGUUCCCUACAAAGUGCACUAUUUUUGACCAGAGCCCUAUGGGGGAAUUUGGGACGCACACAUUCACUCCUGGAAUUGAAGUGUUGCAAGGCCCACUGGUUUGUACCUUACAAUGUCAUUCAUUUUUAAUCAAUAGCUGACGAUAUCCCAUCUCUCAGUCACUUUCAUUUGUCAGUAAAUGACCGUGGACCAAUAAAACAAGGCCCUCUGCUGCACCCUAAACUAGGUGUGAAUACCACACCAGGCCCUCUCUGGAAACAAAGGGUUUGUUUUUAUGCCAAAGGACUUCAUUCUCACAUGUUAGCUUUAUUUGUUAAGGGUUCCUUACUUUUUGAUUGUUGUUAUUAUUGCUGAGAAAGUAUGAAUCGCUUUAAUUUCUGAACCAUUAUUUUGCACAAUGUCAUGAGCUGAGCUAAACGGAUUUUACAUCCCCAAACCCACAAAAAGUUAACAAUGUUUGCUUCAUUUUGGCUUAGUAUGAAAUUCUAGUGUGUGACCUAAUUGAGUGAUCUAAGAGUGUUUACCAAUGAAAGUGAUUGCUGUGUUUUUUCCUUAGUUAUGUAAUUGACACCACUCACCUUCAAUACCCAGUCAGCGCACCAGAGGGAGCCAGUACGCUGAGUAUUGAAUAAGUAGCAGCCAGUGUCAGUGGUGGAUUUGGAUUGAUACAGUAAUGWUCGUGGAUGUUGUAUAGAAGAAAAUAUGCCUGUGGCAGUUUUUUGAUAUUGUCAAUUUGUAUUUGAAUUUGUAUUUGAUUCUAAAAUGAAUUCCYGAGGCUUCCAGAUGGUCUGAAAACGCCUGUGUUUGAUAAUUUGCCCAAUCUAAUAUGACUAUCCCAUACUAUCUCUCUCAGAACUCUCUGAUUAAAGAAAAUACUUGGAAAAAACAAACUAUAAUCAGCAAAUACUGUUAAUGAUCAAAUUCCCCAGAUCAACUGAAUUCAUAUUGUAUUAGUAAGUUAUUACACUCAUUUUAAUAUUUUUGGCUUGAGUUCAGAGACCAAAUGUGAGGUAUUUCUGAUGGCUCUACAAUGCUGUUAUAGCGAUAUUAUCUAGAUAUUUCUGUUUGUGAAUGAAACUGUGUUUGAGAGUUGGAUAUGGUGCAUAGGACUUGUGACAAGAGUGUUGUUGAUGUUGUACUGUAUGUCUGUGUGGUUGUAUAUGUGAGUGUUAUAACAUGUAUUAACUUGUUUUUUUUCAGAAGGGCCCUGCAAUACAAUUGUCAUUGCAGCAUCUGAAAUGCUUUAUCGAGUUGAGCAAAAAGGGUAAGGACCUUGUCAUAGGUGUAACACUGACUGACCCAGUAUGUUCAGAAAUGUAGUCUUACUGAGCAAUGUCUUAAUUAACAAAUUAAGUUUUUAAAAUCUAAAACAAAAAUGUGAUCUACAAGGUGUUCACAACUACUUUUCUGCCAACAAACCUCCAAGCACUAUUCUUGUUGAGAGACAAAGAAGCAUAGCUUUUGUUGUUCAGAUCAGUGCACCAUGAUGCAUCGGCUAUUAAGGUAAAUAGAAUACAAAGUUUUCAUCAGAGGGAUGUGUACCAUGACAUGUACUGGAAACAUACAUAGACAUCAUGAUUGCGCCAUGGACAGUAUUUUGAUACCCAUAACAUGUAUUUGUCUAUACAGUCUAUUACCACAUUUCAGAACGUCAAUGUGUGUGCCAUGAAUUCAAAUGUUUGGAAUUUUAUGACGAUGAGUAAGAAUUGGGUUGUCUGUUUUUGGUUCUAUCCCUGUGUGAUUGUCUUAAAUGUGGACGGGUAAUCCUCGGUUUACACUGCAAUAACUAAAAGGGACAUUCUGCAACGGGUGAUCCCUAUAGUUUUAAAUACCACCAACCGCCAUCUGACCGUACGAAGCCCUGUCCUAGAAUCCGCUGUGUUUCUCAUGAGUUUAUAGCCAAUGCCACCCCCUCAGUUCUCUCCAGUGUUGUACAAAAUGCCACUUACUUUCCACUGACAAGUCUGCCCCUCAGCAAUUGCAUGCGCAAUACAACUCGGAUAAUGUGUGUGAAUGGAUUCGGACAAUCCAUUAUAGACAAUGGUGUGCAAAACAAGUGACACAUGUAGAUAAUGUAUAAUAUGUUCUUUUUUAAUUUUGUACCAGCGAACCGCUGAUGUUUAUAACUUGCCUAUUUAUGUACAAAUGUUCUCCUGUACAUACUGAGCAGUCAGUUGAAAUAAAAUGUUUUACAGUAAAAAAUA